AUGUUUUUUUUUUUCUUAGGCUCCCAAAGUGACUCUCUACAUCGACGUCUUCGAAGCUAAGGACUUGAAAUCCAAGUCGAAAGAGAGCAGUCAUCCCUACUGCCUCGUAAGUGUGACGGGAAGCAGUGAGGUGUUCAAGACUCGCGUGAUUACCAGCACUGUGAAUCCAGAGUGGAAUUCCCAUUUUGAAGUGGAUAUUCCAACUCUAAAUGAAGCAAAGCUGACUGUGGAAAUAAGACAUGAACCCCAGGAAAUCAGUGCAGAAAUGCGAAAUGGUGUACCUGACUUCAAGGAGAUAAAAUGCAGAGCACAAGAUAUUGCUGCUAAUAUGUGGAUGAAAAGGGCCAAAAACCUAUUUGGUACUGUGGUGGUGCCCCUCGAGGAUGUCAAGGACCAGGUUACUGAAAGCUGGCACAAUAUAGUCAAGAUCAAGGAAGAAGAACUAAACCAAAGUGCUGCGAGAGAGAGCUUUAGGUCGACCAAGAAAAGGGGGAGUCUUCGCAUUGGUCUCAGAGUAUCAGCGGUGGCACAAUUACACCACCUUGGACCUCAUUGGUAUGAUGCUCUCCUACACAAACUCAUGUACCAGCACCUUGGAUUCCUCGAUAGCCUGGAUGGCUUUGGCAGGACAAGUAUUCGUCACAGCAGACGGAGGAAAGGUAUCCGCUGUAGCAAUAGAAGCUCCAAGAGUAACAGCACAAUGAGCUCAAGCAGCAGUGAAAGUAGUGGAUCGGGAAGCAGUAUAGAGAAUGAGGUCCUGUGGCCUUCCAUCAGCCCUUGGCCCGGUACACUAAGUAAUGCCAGUCUUUCGAUAUUAAAGCAGUAUGGUACAAUGCUCAAUAUCACUCCACAAUCAAUCAUUCUGUCAUGGUGGAAGGUGACUUCAAGAUUAACUAUUGUGGACCAGUCUUAUCUUAUACAACUGUUGGCUGUUCUGCAACGACAUAUUGCUGAGGGAAAUUACUCAGAUGAAGAAAUGCAGGAAGUGCGAAGCACAUUACGCAUGUGGGCUUCGCUUCAGGAGGAAAAGCUGGUAUAUCUUAACAAUUUCUAUCCUGCCACAUCUAGAGUUAUAUCUUGCCAGCAACUCACCCACACUCUUCGAGGACUGAAAGCAGUAGAUUCCAAACCAGAAACAAAAUCUCUCCAAAUAAUCCGAAAGACAUAUCCGUAGUGGAGCUUGUGUCCAAUGCAUUGACGACUUUUACAAAGAACUGGUGGGAAAAUGCUAUCAGGAAUCGUGGUCGCAACUCUCCUGAAGCUAGUGAAGAACAGCAGUUGGUUGCUGCAGUUGCUGUAGCGCAGGAAAUAAUUUCUUUCCUAAGAGAUGUUUGUGAUUUUUAUCAAGAUGUAUU